AUGGGAAUAAUAGACAUUGACAAUGUAGCUGUGGUCAGGAGUGUACCUGUGGAGGACAUCAAAGGAUCAAGCAGCACUCAAGCACUUCCGUGGACCUCAAUAAUACCGCAAGCCGACCAGGCCACGGAGUUCAAACUCUUCUCCUGCGUGUAUUGUCCAUAUCGUGCUACCCAGAAGGGAAACCUGCAAAGACACAUGCGAAGUCAUACAGGAGAGAAACCUUACUCCUGUCAUUUGUGCUCAUAUUCAGCAACUCAGAAAUUGCACUUAGAUAAUCAUAUUCGUACUCAUACUGGAGAGAAACCAUUUUCAUGCCCAGAGUGUGGCGUGGGCCAGUGUCCAGGGGGACGGCGACCAACUGAUGGGGAACAACAAGAAAGAUCACCACCACCUGGGGAUUCACUCAUAUGGGGAUCCUUUAGGGAAUGUAGAUUUUGGGGCUCAUCUUGA